UAGCCUAGCUAGUAGUCCUUUGUAGAGUGUAGCCUAGCUCAGUUUUUAUUAUUGGAUUUACUUGUUCCUGCAAGUUCCAUACUUUAAGUUAAGAAAUUGCUGAGCUUUGACUUGCUAUAAUGCUGCUACUGUUUGUUUCUCGUGCUCGACUGAUUAUUUAUUGCCCAUACACUGAGCAAACCUUUUAUAAGUGGUUGUUUACCGUUUGAACACAGAGGCACCAUUAAAGAUGUUGUGCUUGCGUUCACAGGUAGGCUGUUUCCUGGGUUGACAGAAAACUUUGUUCUCUAUUUAAAAUUGUGUCCAUUUUACAUUGUGCAUGGCUGUUUUCUUUCCAACUUGUAGUGUGUCAGCAAAUAUUAACUUAUAGUUUUACCCAUCUUUAGUUAGCCCAUCGUCACCCUUCAAAUAUUUUGAGUUAAGGCAGAUCUUGAAUGUGCAAGGUAUACCGAGACACCAAUGUUUUAUAUUUAGUUGGUGACAAAUGAUUUCAGACUGUCUGUUAAAAUGUCUCUAUUGAAUCUGUACCAUCUAUUUGAGAAUAUUAUACUCCACGCAGGGGACAGUUUUGCCAAUGCAACUGAUACGUUUGUACUGACUUAAUCUACAAAGUGGGCAGUGGUCUGGGAAGAUCCUGACCAUGUUUUGGGAAGCACGUGUUGUGGGCACUGAGGCUACAAGAGAACAGAGGCUGAAAAGCUUUGGGCCUCAGGAGGUUCAUGGGUAGAGCUGUCCUCCACGAUUUUAAAGUGCCAGCUGUGUUUGAGUCAAGGCACUGGCAUAUAAGCAGACCUGUGUGGAGUACACCGUGAUCUCAGGUUUCCGGUACAGCAGACACUUACCCCAAGGGGUAGAGUUGUUUGUGCUCUGAAGCAGCAUGAGCUUCAGAGCCCCACAGGAAAUGAAGCAAUAACAAGGGGACAUUUCACAUGAUAAUGUCUUUGUCUAUGCUACAGUCAAAAGAUGUGCAAUUUUCUGCACUUUUAAUGCAGUCAUCUAAAUGUACUUUAUUUGAUGCAUGUCCAGAGUAGAUUUCUACAAUGUCAUAAAGUUUCUUCAGUAUUCUAACAGUGCAGCUAGGAUUCAUUCUCUAUGAAGUCACUGCAGUCAAGGCAGUAGUAGCCUCCUUACUCAGUGCCUCCUUAUUGAUGUGCCAUGCCAUCUGGGCAGCAAGGCAUGGGAAAGAACAAGCAAGAAAAGAAAAUACUAGGAGAACAUCGGAGGUGCAAAACCACAUGGAGAAGAAGAGGGGCUGUGAGCAGCUGUAGCUUGUGUAGAAUAGUGUGGUUCAACAGGCAUAUAAGUAGGCAGUGGAAAGCAAGCAGCACUGUCGAUAGAAAGGAAGGUGGGAAGGAGUGUCGGAAUUUGAGCUGAAUGAAGGGAGACAGGAACAUAAGAGGAAAUGUGCCCUGAGAAACAGCCAGUUGUUCUGGGAUCCCUGUGGGUCUAGAACACUAUCUCAGUAAUCAUCUAUUUAUAUCUUGUUUUCUUUUCUGAGCUCUUAUUCUCUUGGUGAACGACUGGAACAUGGGAAGCAAAAGACAAAUGUUAUGCCUGUUAAAUACCUGUUGCAUUGCUUCACAAGUGCUCUAUGUCCUUAACAGCAUAGCUCUGAACCCUAGUGAAUCUUGAGUUUCUACUAAGCUCCAUUGCAUUUAUGAAUGUUGGGCUUCUUUAUGUCUCUUGCUCUAGGUGGCCUCGCUCGGCCAACAGCAAGCUACCUGCAGUCCUUGGGCCAGCUCGUAGCGUCUACCAGUGGUGAUAAAUGUGCUACUGUGGGUUCCUAGGUCAACAAGAGGUAUAAGGAUUGCAUAUUUUGUAAUGUAGAGAAAAGUAGUAUGGUGAUCAAGGACCACAUCACAAGAACCAGGAGUUAGAAUUGCUAUUGGAGGAAAUAGCGUGAUUUUUUUCCCUGCACGGACUACCUGACAGUUCCAGGGCUAGAGGUCCUCCAAGAGUACCUAGAAACCGACUCAGAAACGUACGUAAAAGUCAAACUGAUAUUUGGGAUGGUGUGGGAAGGUUAUUGUCUGGAUUUGAACAUGUGGGCACUUAUGAGAGAAAUUGGCAUGGCUGCCAGCCCAAACUUCCUCUUACCUGUCAGCACAAACACUAACGUGUUGGAUAAGAAAACUGUCUUGAGUUGAAAAAUUGGCUUACUUUGAAAGCAGGGAGAAUUUUUCAGCAAAUUUUGAAGGAAAUUGACUAGGCUUUUCUGAACUGUAAAUCAUAUUUAAGAAAAAAAAAGUUCUACUUUGAAACACUUUCUUGGUCAUUUUUCUUGAGUCUGCCUGAGUCAAAAAGAAUUAAGGGAAUGCAGUCAAUUUGUAGUCCUGUUUUCAAUAGUUAAAAAUACUGAUACUUGUCCUUGACUCUUACUGCCAUUUUAUGUGGUUUCAUAGUUGAAUUAAUCUUUUUUCUCUCUUCACCACUCCCCUCUCCCCCCUCAUCCCCCUUGCCCAUACAUUUAUAACAGAUUCACAGGAUUGGACGCAGAUUAUAUCAGUAAAUAAAUAAUCUAUUUUUAGUAGAUGAUGCUUAUAAAAUUAAUCAGGAAAGAAAUGAUGCAGCCAGAGGUAUGAUGAAGUUGAUGUUCCCAUUGCACACCAGAGUCUGACAGUUUGUAUUGUACAGCUUUGUAACUGGGACUGCCUGUUGAGGUUGCUGAGACCCUUAUGUUGAAUAGUCUUGCAUACUCUUGUAACUUGGCAUGUUACAAGCAUUUUCUUAUAAAGCAUAGCUGAAUUACUUUCUGAAUAUGGUGGAAUUCUUUGGAAAGGUCAGGAGGUGAUUGAUCAUAUGGUGACAGCUUAGGGCUCUGAGAAAUGGUCAGAUGGAGUGCAAAGAUGCAGGAAAACAAACUUUCUAAGAUGGUAACUGUCACUUAGCCAAGUGAUACAUUUUUUUUUAAAGCUUUUUAAUUUUUGUUCACAGCCUCAGCUUCUUCAUCUUUAUUUCUUUUUUCUCUGUGAACUCCCUUCAGAUGCUCAUAUUUUACUGGUACUGGUGUAUCAAUGCAAUCCUAAGCUGUGGUAAUGCUUCUUUACAGAGCCCUUUAGAAACUCUCCUGCUGCCAAGAUGAGUAGUUUCAAGACUUUGAUGGUCUUGACUUCUGAGUCAAGAAGUAGCUUUCUUUCAGGAAGCACUCCAAAUGUUCUUUGCAGCUAGCAUAAUAAGACUACAGUGUUCAUGGGAGUUAAGAUGGCAAUCAACUUGGAUAUUAUAAUAUGGUAACAGAUCGGAUUUUCUCUGGUAUCCAGCCAACUGGGACGCCUCAUCUUGGUAACUACCUUGGAGCUAUUCAGAACUGGGUGAAUCUGCAGGAAAAGUACAACUCAGUGUUAUACAGCAUUAUGGACCUGCACUCUCUCACCAUGCCCAAGGAGCCAGCUGUCCUCCGACAAAACAUACUGGACACCACUGCUGCCAUCCUCGCUUGUGGGAUUGACCCAAAGAAGUGCUUCCUGUUCCGACAGUCACUGGUUCCUGAGCACACAGAACUUGCCUGGAUUCUUGGAUGCUUAACUAAUGUGCCACGGUUACUGCGUUUGCCCCAGUGGAAGAUGAAAUGUGCCGGCCAAAAUAAUGAUGGAAAUGUCGGUUUGUUGACUUACCCUGUUCUUCAAGCAGCAGAUAUUUUGCUGUACAAGUCGACACAUGUUCCCGUUGGAGAAGAUCAAGUCCUGCACCUGGAACUAGCCCAAGAUAUAGCACAACAUUUUAACAAGAAAUAUGGAGAAUUCUUCCCUGUGCCUAAAGCCAUUUUGAGUACAACAAAGAAAAUAAAAUCCCUCAGAGAUCCAACAGUGAAGAUGUCUAAGUCAGACCCACAGAAGUUAGCUACUGUUAACGUAGCAGACAGCCCUGAGGAGAUAGUGCUGAAAUUCCGAAAGGCUGUGACUGACUUUACCUCUGAGGUAACUUAUGACCCAUCCAGUCGCCCUGGUGUCUCCAACCUGGUGUCCAUUCACGCUGCAGUAACGGGACUUAGCAUAGAAGAAGUGCUGCACCAAGCUGUUGGUCUUGACACUGCUCACUACAAAAUGGUGGUAGCAGAGUCAGUUAUUCAAAAAUUUACACCUAUCAGGAAUGAAAUCAAGAAACUCCAGGAAGACAAAACCUAUCUGAUAAAGAUUUUAGAGACUGGAGCAGAGAAAGCCAAAGAACUGGCAACCCCCAUCUAUCAAGAAGUAAGAAGACUGGUGGGAUUUCAAUAGAAACUGACAAGCAGUUGCAAGGACUUUGUCAUUUGCUCCUGGAACAGCUAUUUUGUUUGAAACAUUUUGAAACAAAAACUUUUUUUUCCCUCUACAAAAUCCAAAUAGAAUAGCUAACCUGUUUGCAUCAAAAAUGUGUGUGAAGCCAGUUCCUUCCAGUGGGACCAGCUCUGGACUUGUCAGAUGGUCAGAGGACAAGGGUGCAGGCAGUCACAGUUAUGAAGAAAUUACACAAAAGCAGAAUACAGGGUUGCCCAGAUGGGGUUUUGGUUUUUUCCACCAACCACUACAAGAAGCUGAGGUAUAGGCAAGAUUGUUUUAAUCUAGUUGAAGGACUUGUAACCUUCUCAAGAAUACCCUUAUCUGUUUAUGUGAUCUUGUUAGAGCUGGCUAACUCAUGGUUAUUGAGCUUUGAUACCAUGAUGGUCUGUUCUUGGAUAACCAGAAAGCACAGACAUACAAAUCAGAAUGACUGGGGCUUUGGAGGUAAAGAGAGUACUUACUGCUUCUUCCUGUUGUGUCUACAAACUCAGUGUAAUUUUGAAUCUACAUCUAGUUUGUGUGAGGUGAGUUGGUCUAUCUUAUAGAUACUGCCAUCCAUACUGUAGAACUCACUGUGGCUGCUGGAUGGCCUCUUUGGUAGUCUCUCCAAAGAAUGCAGAGCAAAUGUGAAUUUCACUUCUGGCAGCACUGUCAUCCUCCUCAUCGAUUCUGAAGUUCUUUGUCAGGAAACUACACAGGCUUCAACUCAUCCUUUUCCACCUUCUUUUUGGUUUAGCAGGGAGCCCUGAGAUUUUCAGUUCAGCAUCAAGUCUAGGAUUGCUUUAGAAAAGGUUCAGGGAGAAAAGUUGUGUGAAAGAGAUCUUAUGCUGAUCUGUGAGAGAACUUUAUAUAUAAUUUACAAAAUUAAUUAUUUAAAAAUUAUGCUGAGGUCAUAGCCAGGACUAUGUCAAAAAAUUUUAUCAAAAUGGAAUUAAAUAUAUCUUUGUAAAAUCUCACUGUUAAACCUCACCUUCCUGGGUGUCCGGACACAAUAGCAACUUGAAGGACAAUCAAAAAAUCAUGUGGAUGAUUGUCCUUAUAUGUUGGAGAAGUUGCCAGGGGCAAGUCGGCCUACUGCCUGCAUUACAGCAAGUCCCAUUAAGGAAAAAAAAAGGCGUUAUUGUCAUUGGUGACUGAGAACAGAGGUCCCAAUACGCUGACUAGACCCGCCUCAUGGGGAAGUCUGCUGCACCCCUGGGGUGUAUUAAAGAUGUUACAAGAAAGCUUCCUAGCCUAGUGCAGCCCCCAGAUUACUACCUAUUAUUGGUUUUUGAUGUAGGCAACAAUAAAGUUGUGGUGAGAUCAGGAGAGGCAUCGUCGGCAAUCAAAAGGGUCUGCAAAUUGUCAGAACAAUUGGUUAGAGGUUUAGGAGUGCUGAUAGUGUUUUUCUUUAUCCUUCCAGGUGCUUAGAAUGAGAUUGGAAUAUCUAGGCAGAGCUUAUCAAUACCUGGCUCUGAGGCUGGUGUCACUGGCAAAAUUUUGGAUUUUUUGAUCACAGUAUGGUCAAUACAACGCCAAGCCUGCUGGCACUUGACAGGAUGCACCUUUCUCAGAGAGGGAAUAUUGUUUUUUUUCUUGGCUUAUUGAAAGACCUUUAAACUAGACUUGAAGAUGAAAAGAGGUGAAACGUGGUUUGCCAGUGAUAAGCUGUGGGAUGACGCACCAAAGUUUGAAGGGUGAUGUGCUAAUGAGGUCCUUCAUUCUUCUCCACAAGGUGCUGGGUGCACUGGAGCACAUCUGAAAAUUUUUUUGCAUUAAUGCAUACAGCAUGAGGAAUAAGCAAGAGGAACUAGAAGCCUUGGCUCUGUUCCAGACCUACAACAUUGUUGGUAUAAGCAAGACUUGGUGAGAAGAGUCCUGUGAUUGAUGUGUCAUGUUGAAUGCUUAUAGGCUUUUCAUGAGGAACAGGCAGGUUAGGCGUGGAAGUGUGUGGCACUGUAUGUAAAGGAACGGCUUGGUUGUAUCGAGCUUACAGUUGGCAAUGACGUGAUUGGGGCCCUCUGGCUAAGUAUUUUGGGACAAGCAGGCAAACAGAUAUCAUUGUGGUAGUCUGCUAUCACCACCCAGCCCAGAUGACAACACUAAUUAAUUAUUAUGUAAAGAAUAAAGAGAUAUUUCUAGAUCAGCCAUCCUUGUGCUAAUGGGUGACAUCCCAUGGGUGACAUCAGUUCGUCAGGUGUUACCUGGGAGUACCACACAGUUGAUACAAACAAUUUUGUAACAAACAAUUUAAAAAUUCCUGAAACACCUGGAUGGUAACUUUUUGAACACUGGAAACAAGUUCAGGUGAUGUCAGGGUACUACAAGAGGUGCUGUUCACAACUGUACAGAGAAAAUUUGUGCAGCCAAAGCUUAUUUAGGGUUGAAGUUGGCCAGCACUGUGGAGAACAAAAAAAGGUACUGUGGGAGACAACAAAAAGGACUUCUUUAAUGUAUGUUUUCAGCAAAAGGAGGACCAGAGGUAACACCAAUUAGUUACUUGGUGAGGAUGGUUGCCUCACAAAUAGGGACAUAGACAACACAGAGACAUUUAAUGCCUUCUUCACAUCUAUCUUUAACACUGAUGAUGGGCCCUGGGACCACUAGAACCCUGAGUUGAAGGACUAUGACUGUGGUAAUGACAAACUCCCAACCAGCUCUAAUGUUAUGCUGGAUUUGCUGCUCCAGCUGGAUGUAUUAUACAUCUACUGGGCCUGAUGAGAUUCAUCCCAGGGUACUCACAGAGCUGGCUGAUAUCAUCUUGAGACAUCUCUCAACUAUUUUUCAGUGGUGUUGGGAAUCUGGUGAGAUCCAGUCUGGAAGGUGACAAAUGUUACAGUUUUUCAGAAGGGCAAGAAAGACCCUGGCAAUUAAUAGGUCUUUCACUUCAGUGCCUUGCAAAAUUAUGAAGAUUAUUCUGGGAGUUAUUGAAAAAAACCUGAAAGACAAUGCAGUUAUUGGUUACAGAUAACACAAGUUCACAAGGGAAAAAGUCCUUUUAAGACUAGUUUAACCAUCUAGCUGAACAAGGGAAGCCAGUCGUUCUUCUGAAUUUCAGCAAAGCUUUUGAUACUGUUUCUCACAGUAUCCUUCUGAGGAAAAUGUCCAGAAUACUUAUAGACAAAUGCAUAAUAGGAUGGCUGAGCAAUUGGCUGACAAUUUGGACUCAGAGGGUUAUAGUAAAUAGAGUUACAUCAGGCUGGUGGCCAGCCACUGAUGGGGUUCCAUAGUGCUCCACUUGAGGGCCGGUUCUCUUCAAUGUUUUCAUAAAUGACUUGGAUACAGGACUUGAAGCUGUGCUAAGUAAAUUUGCAAACAAUAAUAGAUUAGGAGAACCUGCUGACUCCCUUGAUGGCAGAGGCCUUGCAGAGAGAUCCUGACAAAUUGGAGGGCUAAGCAAUCACCAACCACAUGAAGUUUAACUAGAGCAAGUGCUGGAUUCUGCAUCUGGGAUCGGCAAAUAUGUAUGUAUGUACAGACUGGGAGAUAAGAUGCUGAAGAGCAGCCCCACAGAAAGAGAUCUGGAGGUUCUGGUUGAUGGCAAGUUGAAUCUGAGUCAGCAGUGUGCCCUGGCAGUCUGAAUGGCCAACUCUACGCUGUGGUGCAUCAGGCCCAGCACUGUCAGCUGGGCAGGGGAAGUGAUUGUCCCAGUCUGUGCUGUGUGACCUCACCUUAAGCACUGAGUUCAGCUUUGGGUACCACAACAUAACAAGGACAUAAAAAUUACUAGAAAGCAUCCAAAGGAGGGCUACAAAGAUGGUUUGUUCAGCCCAGAGCAGAGGAGCUGAGGGGAGGCCUCAUGGCGGCUGCAGCUCCUCACAGGGAGUGGAGGGGCAGCGUUGAGCUCUGCUCUGUGUGACAGCGACAGGGCCCGAGGGAACGGCAUGGAGCUGUGUCAGGGGAGGGGCAGCUGGGGGUUAGGGACAGGGUCUGCACCACAGGGCGGUGGGCAUGGAACGGGAUGCCCAGGGCAGUGGGCACAGCCCUGAGCUACCAGAGUGCAAGGAGUGUUUGGACAGUGCUUUCAGACAUUGGAAUUGGAUUGUGGUUGUCCCUUGGAGCCAAGAAUUGGACUUGAUGAUCUUUGGGGGUCUCUUCCAACUCAGGAUACUGUAUGAUUCUAUGAUUCUAGAACAUGAUAAAAUGUAAUGAAAGCCUUACUUGUCCUGUGCUAGCAUAUUUAAUGGUACUGUGUUUAAACUUUGAGAGUUUCAUUCAUUGUGAGCUCAGAACCAUUAUAUGCCUGUGGCAUUUGUCAUGGAGAACUGCAGUCUUAUGUGACUGAGUUGAAAAAAUUGAGAAUUUCUAUGUAACACAAAUUUUAAUAAAUAAAGCUGUUUGGUUUUUAA